UGCCAAUUCCCUCUACUUCAAGCCCAUCAAGAAUGACCCACCCACGUCUCCACCUGUUCUUUGUCUGUUUACUCUUUGUUUCCAACGAUUCCUUUCAGAGACAAGAAAAUAUGUUGGGUAACUGUGAGAAGAUGCUACUCAUCUCUUCAACUACCAACGAAUGGCCACAGAAUCAGAUAGAUGAGAACAUUUUGAUUUCCUCAACAAGUAGGGUUAUGGAGAAACCAAUCCAAGACCAAAGCCAAAUCCAAAUUCAUCAAGCCCUCAGGUGUCCUCGCUGUGAUUCAUCAAACACCAAGUUCUGUUACUACAACAAUUACAGUUUGUCUCAGCCAAGACACUUCUGCAAAGCUUGUAAGCGUUACUGGACCAGAGGUGGAACCCUACGAAACGUUCCGGUCGGUGGCGGGUGUCGAAAGAACAAAAGGGUCAAGAGAGCACCCUCCUCAGCUUCAGCCAUUGAUGCACCUUCUUCUUCAUCAUCAAACCGUAAUGUUCAAUCUGCAAACCCUAAUGUUCAAACUCAGAUCGACAUAUCUUCAUCCUCAAACCCUAUUAAUCCGUUGUUUUAUGGAUUACCCACUAACCCUUCUGAGCUCACUCUUCCAUACCCUAGGUUCAAUUCAAGUUCUAGGGUUUCAAAUGUUGAUACUGUUUCUGGGUUUGAUCUUCAGCCUCAGUUGAAUGCUCUUGGAUUAGGGUUUUCAUCUGGACUUAUGGUCAGUGAUGUUCAAAACAACGAUUACCGAAACGGGUUUGAUCCAAAUAAGCAAAUCCAACAAGUUGGUAAUGCUAAUUCAAAUUCACUUCUCCAAAGCUAUUCCAUGUUUGGAUCUUCGGCUUCUUCGACUAUGGCUUCUUUGUUAGCUUCUUCAAGACUUCAUCAACAGAAAUUUGUCUCCAAUGGCUUGAAGGAUCUUCGGGAAGCUAACGGUUUUCAAGGAUUAGUACCUUAUGAAGAUUUGCCAAUGCCGGUUAGCGAUGAAGCUGGUAUAAUUAUGAAGGAAAUGAAAAUGGAGGAAAGCCAAAACAGGUUGGAUUGGAAUGUUAAUGUCCAGAAUCAGAUCGAACAGAUCAACCCGUCCGAUCCAUCUCUUUAUUGGAAUUGGAUUGAUCCUGCAAAUAUUGGUGAAUUUUAUGGCCACAGUGGGGAUGGAAUUACCGAAAAAACAAGAAUUUUUUUCUCGUGGAAUGGCAGCAUUGGUGAGAGAGGAGUUUGGAUCGGAGCGAUCAUGUCAGCUGCAAAGAAUUCAGCUCAGCCUAUAAUUUUUUAGUAUCAAAGGUUGAGAAAGCCCAUUUGCUCUGAGAGGAACCUCGGAUCCUCCUCGUCUCAUCAGUCAUCAACCCAGGUUUGGCUUCAUCAUCAUCAUCAUCAUCAUCAUCAUCAACUGCACAGUGUUGAAGAAUGAACUUUGGGGGUUUAGUGAGUUUGGUCUCCUCUUUGUAUGUGUAUAUACUGCAUGACAUUUCUAGUGCGUAUUUGCUUUAGGUUGGUAAACUUGGGGUUGAGUGGGGCUAUUAAUUAUUUGCAAUUUUCUCUUUUUUCCCUUGUCAAGAUUUUUGUUUUUUUGGUCUAAGGUGGGAAAAGGUAUAGUGGUAAUGUGGUAUAGAAGAGAGGGGGAUUUAGACAUUUCUCAUUUGAAUGUGAGUUAUUCUUGUUGAUUUGGUUGGUCAUGCUAAACUUUGUAAUUUCUAAUGCUAUUGAUAAGCAACUAAGGUUUUGGGAAAUAUUUAUUUAUUUUCAAAAUCUUUUUAUUUAAACAUUUUAUGUGAUA